CAUUCCAACCCACCCUCGCGUAUCUUGGAAACCCGGCGGUUGGCUGCACCGCCUGUCAAUUAAGGAUGUCUGUGUUUCCUGUGUACGACGAAGUGUGGAGGAAACGGCAGAAGUGGCAGUCUGUAGUAUAAAGUUGUUUUAAUUUUCUGCAGCUGUUGUUUUAAUAAUAGGGUACCAUGUGGAUAGAGGUGGUGCAGGUGCUGCGUGGAGCGGGUCGUGUUGGGAGAGCCUUCACACACACACAGGGGGAGCAGCUGAGACUGAGGGCCUGCAACUCCACCCUGGGGGCUGUGCUGAAGCAGACUCAGGAAUGCACAGAACACUGUCUCAGCUCUGUGAUGUCACACAGACAGGCUGGGGGAGUGGAUUUUACAGAAGGCUCCCAUUUGGAGGAGGAUUUGACUAAAUGGACUUCUGAAAUGCAUCCAGAUUUUUACACACCAGACAGCAAUGCAGAACUGAAGGAGGGCGAGGCUGUCUCACAGCAGCCUCCUGCAGGCUCCCCCGGCAGGGGCCCGGGGCUCACUAACAGCAAACCCGGGAUAGGGGGCCCUACAGGGCCCGGAAUGGGACAGACUAGAUCCUUCCACCAGGAGUCCACAGCGAGAGGACUGACGGCUGAGGACAUCAAGAAAGCCAGGGAGGCCAAGCAGGAACAGGAGCAGCGCAGCCAGCACAAACCCCUACGACAGAAGCUGAGUGACCGGGCUCGUGAACGGAAAGUUCCUGCAACACGGCUAAGCAGACUGGCCAAUUUUGGAGGUUUGGCAGUAAGUUUGGGGAUUGGGGCGAUUGCUGAAGUAGCCAAGAAAUCUGUGUCAGCGGAACAGAAGCCUGGAGAGACCAGAGCCCUGCUUGACUCUGUCUUCCUUUCUGAAGCCAACGCAGAGAGAAUAGUGGAUACCUUGUGUAAAGUGCGAGGUGCUGCUUUGAAAAUCGGACAGAUGCUUAGCAUUCAAGAUAACGCCUUCAUUAACCCCCAGCUGCAGAAGAUAUUUGAGAGGGUGAGGCAGAGUGCAGAUUUCAUGCCUGCAUGGCAAAUGACUAAAGUGCUGUCUGAGGAGCUGGGCCCUGCCUGGAGAGAGAAGCUGGCCUCGUUUGAUGAGCGUCCCUUCGCAGCUGCCUCCAUCGGUCAGGUCCACCUGGGGGUGCUGCACAACGGCAGGGAGAUCGCCAUGAAAAUCCAGUACCCAGGAAUAGCCGAGAGUAUAAGAAGCGAUGUCAGCAACCUGCUUUCUGUGCUGAAAUUAAGUGUGGUGCUCCCUGACGGCUUGUUUGCAGACAGCAGCAUUGAUACCCUGCAGCGGGAGCUUGAGUGGGAGUGUGAUUAUAAACGAGAAGCGGCCAGCGCCAAGAGAUUCAGGGCGUUGUUGAAGGGAGACCCGUUUUUCUGCGUGCCGGAGGUAGUUGAUGAACUGACAACAAAGCGGAUCAUUGCCAUGGAGCUGGUAUCGGGGGUGCCCCUGGACAGGUGUGUGGACCUGGACCAGGAGACACGCAAUGAGAUCUGUUUCAACAUUCUCAAGCUGUGUCUUCGAGAGCUCUUUGAGUUCCGCUUCAUGCAGACGGACCCCAACUGGGCCAACUUCUUCUAUGAUGCAGAGAAACACCAGGUGACCCUUCUCGACUUCGGAGCCAGUCGGGAGUACAGGAAGGAAUUCACAGAUGAUUAUAUUGAAGUGGUAAAAGCAGCCGCUGCUGGAGACAGGGAGAGGGUACUGCAGAAAUCCAAAGACUUGAAAUUUCUCACAGGCAUGGAGACGAAGGUGUUUGAAGAAGCCCAUGUGGACGCAGUGCUGAUCCUAGGGGAAGCCUUUGCAUGCCCGGAGCCCUUUAACUUCGGGAUCCAGAACACCACUCAGCGGAUCCAGAACCUGGUUCCUGUGAUGCUGAAGCACAGACUGACACCACCCCCAGAGGAGAGCUACUCCCUGCACCGCAAGAUGGCUGGAUCCUUCCUAAUCUGCUCCAAGCUUGGAGCUGUCAUCCCCUGCAAAGAACUGUUCGAGUCUGUUUAUAACGGCUACUGCAGCCGCCGGGACGCUCACGACUGAGGGCAGAGAGCCUGUGCCUCUGAACAGAACGGGCAAGAAGGACAAAUGUGUGGGUGUGUCAUGGAAAUCAGCCAACUAAAUAUACCAGCUGAAAGAGUAGCAAGGUCCCAAAAAAUAUAGUGAUGUACGUCCUCACGUGUUGCUACAACUGUUUAAAUAACAAACCCGUCAUUUUUAUUUUCAUUAUUAACCUUUUUUUUAUUUUUAUUGUUAACAACUUUUUACAUUUACAGCUUUAAAGACUGUUUCAAAGCUCCUUUCAGAAUGUGCGCUCUGUCCUCUAAAUCGGUGGUUCUCAGUUUUUGGACUUUGCCUCCCCCCCUCCCCCUCCUGUCUGUGGGACGCCACCAUAACACAGUAUCGUGCAGUAAUUGUAGGACAGUAUUGCCACGUGUGAAAACUUUAACAAGAAAGCCAAAGCAAAAAUGCUUAAUUUGCUUCGAAAUCAUUUCAAACUGGUUAAUAGACUAGCAAGCCCUGGCAAAAUCAGCUCAGUUUUAUACGGUGCAGAACGUUUUGUUCCGUUUGUGGACUUUGCAAUACCUGCACGAUGGGUGUCUUCAGUAAUCUACAACGUAUUGUCAAUAACAAUCAAUUGUUUUGUUACAGACUUUCAAACAAGUCUGGCACAAACAAUUUUGGCUGUCACUUAACGACAGGUACUGUUGUAGCAACACGUGGGGACAUGUAACGCUAUAUUUUUCGGAACCUCGUUACUUGCUCUUUUAAGGGCAUCUGGAUAUUGUGGUUAUUCCCUGAAAUCAAGCUUCUGAUUCGUCUGACCUGUUUUCUCUCUGAAUGCAUUCUGGAAUUUUGCUACUAAAUUCCGAAAUUCAGUUUAUUGUGACAAAAGGUUGAAAUUUUUUAAACUUAAAUGUCUCUGGGCAUUCUUUCUAAACCUCUUUUUGUUGGUUAGCCAUUGUAUAAUCGCAGUACGUCAUUCCAGGGUGUGUGUCGUUGAGAGCUGGUUAGUUGAACACACUCGGUUUUGCAUUGUGUCUCACAAAGCAGCCGAGGCUGCUUGAUAUCCUGCAGCUACGCCCAGCCUGUCCUGCUGUAUUGCUUCAUUUUACCAGCUAGAAUUUCAAAUCUAUCACCAAUAAACACAUCACAGAGCCCAGAACUACAAUAUUAAAGAAGAAUUCUAACAA